AUGAACCCAGCAAAACCACUUGAUUUAGUCCGCAUGGGCUGUGUAUCUAAUGAAGACUAUGAACGAUCAGCCCCUCAACUAGCCGACAUAAUAAAAACAGCACAGAUGCCAGUAUGUCGCGAUGUAAUCGCUCUAAUCAAAAAAAUCAUUAAAGACAAGCAUGCAGCUCCUCCUUCUAAACUCCGCGCUUUAAAGCUUUUUCAUGCUUGCAUGAUGGUCGCUAACACAAAUUUCUUAGUUUUUGCUCAACGAAAAGUGAUGAGCAGAUUUACCAUUCUUGCCAAGCAUAAAAAACAAAUUCACGAUGAUUCCAGAGGAGAUGAUAUAUUUGGCCCGGUAAGCGGAUUAUCUGAAGAAAACCGUGAAGCUUCUAAAGAGUUUUUGAUUUGUUUAUUGCAAUACAUUCAAAUUUGGGCUCAACAGUUUGGAAAAGCUCCAGAUGGAAAGUCAAGUGCUUAUUUUAUAGCUUAUAAAACUCUUGAAAAAGAAAACGUAUCAUUCCCGAAUAAGAGAAAUUCAAAGCCAAGAUUAAGCUUGGACAGCUCAAGGCAAAGUUUAGAUAAUCCUAGGCCAUCUUCAGCAGUCCCAAAACAAUCAUCUCCACUAAUGUAUGAAAGACCAUCACAAAAACCUAAUGCAGAAAGACCUGCAAGGAGACAGAGCGGAGGGGGUAUAAUUGGAAGGGUUGAAACGGCCAUGGAUGUUUAUAAUGACCUAAUAAGGUCUGGAGGAGGUGGCGAUGCAAUUGUUGAGUGUUUUUUGCAGCUGAAAGAUUUAAAAAGUGAGCUAGAAAGAGAAGUGGGGCAAUCAGAUAACCCAGAAACUAUUGAAAGACUGUUUGAAUUAAAUGACAGAUUACAAAUGCUUAUUGACUCUCAUCAUGAUAUAGGUAAAAGGCCACAGUCAAAUAAAGCUUAUGAAACUGUUCCUGUAAUGCAGCCUCAAUCUGCUAAAAAAAAGCAGCAAAUUGACAAUAUCUUAGACCUUGAUUUAUUUGAUGACCCUCAAGCAUCCUCAGUUUCUCAAUCAGCUGCAUUUUCGAGCAUGUCUUUUGCAACCCACAAUCCUCGUCUACAAAUGAUGCCAACUGAAAUGAAAUCCCCAGCUUCUCAAAAUUACCCAGCCCUUUUGCCUACUUCUGCAAAAGACGAUGCUGGAGCUAUAGAAUCUCUUAAAAGAGAAAACGAAAAACUUAAAAAGGUCAUAAGUCACAGGCAGGAUGAGGAUUCUAAUAAAAUAAACCAAAUAAAUCAGCUUAUGACAGAAAAUAUGCAGCUAAAGCAGGCUUUAGAAGCCGGGAAGCAGCAGAUGUUUAUGCAGGAUGAGAAUAUAAAAAAGUUAACGCAAGCUAGUGCUCAGAUGAAUGCUUCGCUUGUGGAGGCGAAUCAAAAUAUAGAAAGGCUCACAAGACAAUUGGAGGCAAAAGAAAAUGAGAUUAGGUCUUUAAAGAAUGAAAAGCCAAACGGACACCAAUCAAGCCUUUCACAGCAUUCUCUUCCUAUGAACCCUGAAAUCAGAAUGCAAGCCCCUCAGCAUGCUCCAGACCCUUAUUCUAUGGCUCCAGCCCCUCAGCGUGCUCCAGACCCUUACUCUAUGGUUCCUCCCCCUCAGCGUGCUCCAGACCCUUACUCUAUGGCUCCUGAGCUUAAAGUCCAAAUCCCUCCUCGUGUUUCAGACCCUUACAGUUCCUCCCCAAACCCUUUUGACGACAGUGAUUCUUCUGACGACAUCCCUCAGCAAGCUCACAAUUUCCCUAUCCAAAACGAGCUCUUUUAUAGAAUCUGCAAUUGCAUUGACAGAGGCAUCUUAUAUGAUGAUGAAUUUUUACAAGUGGGUAUUCAAAUUGCUAGGGACGAAACUGGUGUUAUGGGGAUGAUUUAUGUAGGAAAUAAAACCCCAGCUCCUAUUACUGAGCUUAAUACAGAAGCAAUCAGCUAUGAAAAGGAAGGGCUAGUAGUGCUUAUAAGUCCAAUUAUUUCUACUGAUCCAAUCACAAAAGGAGCUCAAGCUAACCGUAUGGUAAAAGCUUCAUUAAAAGAUUUUACUGGGAAAAUCCCUAAAAUUAUCAUAAAAAUAAAGCAGGGGUCAGAGACUAAGACAUUGUUUUUAAAUUUACCAAUAACAAUUGCAAGGUUUUUGCAAGGAAUUCAAAGGUCACCUGAAGAAUUUUGGCCAAUAUGAGAAAGGCUUGCAUUUAAAGAGGAAAAGUUUUCAUGCCAAAUGGAAGGAAUCAGGUCAAUGCAAGGGUAAUCAGGAAAAACCCCUAAUUUCCACUCUGUGAGCGAGCAAAACGAUUGGAAAAAUUCUUAUUUUUUGGGUAAAAAGAUACCCUCCGUAAGUGAACAAAGAUUUUUGGAUAUAAAAAUUUUAUGAUGAAAAAAAUUGAUAUAUAGUGAUAAAUUAUUAUAAUGAAAUCUCUUCCUACUGCUUUUUAAAUUUUACACAAACUUGCAUUUUAAAUUUUAUAAAUUACUUUUGAAUUUUUACCAAUCGGAAUUUUUUAAAAUUUCAAAAAAAAAUUUUCUAUAAAAUUUAUAUAAAAAAAAGAACCCUCUUCCGUGAGGCGAAUAAUUUUUUUUUGGCUCAUUGAGGGAAAUCAUAGUUUUUUUCAUGCCUUUUUUCUAAUCAAAUGACGCUAAAUUAAAAUUAUUGGAAAAAACCUAAAUGGUAAUAUUGCAAACCAUACCUAAAAUAAAAAACUAUACAGCAAUAUUUUCCUGAAAAAGUCAGUAAUUUUAAUUUACCGUCAUUUGAUUAGAAAAAAGGCAAAACCCCUGAGUAUAUUUUUCCGGACAACCCCAAUGCAAGAGCUAAGCCAGCAUUUGUCACUUGGCGGCGCUUUUAAGAUUUAUACUCCACAAGAAAUUCCGCAGCUUUCUCCAACUCAGCUAUUAGGAGCUGGACAAAAAGGGGUUGCAGUACUUAUAUUAGCGACAAUAGACCCACAAACUAUGUCAGCUCAACUGUCAAUUCGCAGUGAAAGUUUAACACUUCGUGAAGCUAUUAUGGAAAUAAUGUCAACACAGAUUUCAGGUAAAGAGUAA